GUGUCCGUCUGUCCCUCCAUGCACUCUGCCCCCCAUGGCUCCAUACCUAUUCCAUGCACAGUGUCCAUCUGUCCCUCCAUACACUCUCCCUCCUUCAGCACUGUCCCCAUCCCCAUCCCCGUGUCCGUCUGUCCCUCCAUGCCCUCCCCAGCCCAGUUCCACACACGGUGUCCGUCUGUCCCUCCAUACACUCUCCCUCCUCCAGCACUGUCCCCAUCCCCAUUCACGGUGUCCGUCUGUCCCUCCAUGCACUCUUUUCCUCCUGCAGCACUGUCCCCACCCCAUGGUGUCCGUCUGUCCCUCCACGUGCUCUCUCCCCUACAGCACUGUCCCCAUGGUGUCCGUCUGUCCCUCCGUGCCCUCCCCAGCCCGGUUUGUGUCCGUCUGUCCCUCCACCCCCCCCCUCCUCUCACCGCCUCCCUGUGCCCCCCCCGCAGCCGCCCCCUGCAUCAAAGCCAUCAGCCCCAGUGAGGGUUGGACCACAGGCGGUGCCACCGUCAUCCUCAUCGGGGACAACUUCUUUGACGGGCUGCAGGUGGUCUUCGGCUCCGUGCUGGUGUGGAGCGAGCUCAUCACACCCCACGCCAUCCGCGUGCAGACCCCCCCCCGCCACAUCCCCGGAGUGGUGGAGGUGACGCUGUCCUACAAAUCCAAGCAGUUCUGCAAAGGGGCGCCGGGGAGAUUUGUGUACACUG